CAUAGGACAAAAUGACAAAUAAAAUCCGCAUUUCAGAUUAGCUCUGUCUCACACACACACGCUCUCUCUCUCUCUCUGUCAUUUCGGCUAGGGUUCCAUUGCACCUCUCUCUCUCUCUCUCUCUCUCUCUCUCUCUCAGCUUGUGAGUGUGUUGAGUGGUCGUAGAUCUGUACGGACAGGAUGACUAUGAACUGGAGCUAGGGUUUCGAAUCCACUGAAAGUAGGGGGGGCUUGCGUUGGGGUUCGGAUUAUUUGGAAAAAAAUGGCGACUGGAAACCCAUUCGAUUUGCUGGGGGACGACGACAACGAUGACCCGUCGCACCUGAUCGCUGUUCAGCAGCAGAUCGUCGCGUCGAAGAAGGCCCAGGCUCCAACGCAAGCCCAGGCCCAAGCCCAGCCGCCAAAGCCUGCUGCUAAGUUGCCCUCUAAGCCUCUCCCCCCAGCUCAGGCUGUGAGGGAGGCUAAGAGUGAACCAGGGCGUGGAGGAGGCCGAGGUGGUGGACGUGGAUAUGGGCGUGGCCGUGGCCGUGGUGGGGGUGGAUUUAACAGAGAGGCAGCCUCUGACAACUCCUUUACCAAUAGUGGAAUUUCCAGUGCUCAAGUUUCCACUGAAGAGCUAGAUACUGGGAGAGCCUCUGAAAGGCGUGGUGGCUAUGGUGGGCCACGUGGUUCUUACCGCGGUGGUCGCCGAGGUGCUUUCAGUAAUGGAGAUGAUGCAGGAGAUGGGGAACGCCCUCGUCGGGUUUACGAACGCCACAGUGGUACUGGCCGAGGAAAUGAGUACAAACGCGAAGGAGCUGGUCGAGGGAACUGGGGAACUCCGACUGAUGAAAUUACUCCGGUGACUGAGGAAGUUGUGAAUGAUGAUGAGAAAAAUGUGAGUGCUGAGAAGCCGUCAGGAGAGGAAGAUGCAACAGAUGUGAACAAGGAGACUCCUGCAAAGGAGGAGGAAGAAAAAGAAAAAGAACCUGAGGAUAAGGAGAUGACACUUGAAGAGUACGAGAAGGUGCUGGAAGAGAAGAGGAAAGCACUGCAGGCCCUUAAGACUGAGGAAAGGAAGGUGGAUGUCAAAGAGUUUGCAUCCAUGCAACAACUCUCAAGCAAGAAGGACAAUGACGAUGUCUUUGUCAAAUUGGGUUCUGAUAAGGAUAAGCGAAAAGAGUUUCCCGACAAGGAGGAGAAAUCCAAAAAGCCUGUCAGCAUCAAUGAGUUCUUAAAGCCUGCUGAAGGGGACCGGUACUUCAAUCGUGGCAGGGGGCGUGGACGUGGUCCGAGAGGAGGUUAUGGUGGAGGAGAUACCAGUAUACCAAUGAGCAGGAAUGUGGCAGCCCCAAAAAUUGAAGAUCCUGGGCAGUUCCCUACCUUAGGUGCCAAGUGAGGCAAUCAUGUGCCUUGCCAUCAAAUCCGUACUGUCUUGUUUUCCUUGCUGACUCUUCUCAAGUUCCUGGAAUUUAAUUUGGCUAUACAAUAAUGGAGGUUCUUGUAUCAAUGCUUAUGCCUUUUAAGAUGUAAAUUCAGGUGUUUCUUCAUGUGUUCCCAUUGUAGCUUCAUCCCAUACUGGAAUCUGUGGUCUUUCUUUUUGAAAUUUUUGGGGCACAUGAGAGAUCAAUUUAUGGCUUGGAAGUUUUUGCUCA